AUGUCUCUUUGGGUCGAUAAAUACCGUCCCUCCACAUUAGCAGAAUUAUCUCAUAAUGAGCACGUGACAAAUAUAUUGAAAUCAUUAUCUGAAAAUAAUCCCAAUGAUUUGCCCCAUUUAUUACUAUAUGGUCCAAAUGGUUCAGGCAAAAAGACAAGAACAAUGUGUUUGUUGAAUUCCAUUUUUGAUUCUUCAGUUUAUCGUUUGAAAAUUGAUGUUCGUCAAUUUCAGGUGAAUUCAAGAAAGUUAGAAUUAAACGUUGUUAGUAGUCCGCAUCAUGUUGAAAUAACACCUAGCGACUUGGGUGGUAGUUACGAUAGAGUUGUUAUUCAAGAAUUAUUAAAAGAGAUUGGCCAAACUGAACAAGUUGAAUUUGGUAGCAAUAUUUCAAAUACCGCCAACAACAACAGCAAUAGUAACAAAUCCCCCAGGUUUAAAGUUGUCAUCAUUAAUGAUGCUAAUAGUCUAUCUUUGGACGCCCAAGCAGCUUUACGUCGUACUAUGGAAAAAUAUUCAAAAAACAUUAGGCUGUUUAUGUUAUGCGAUAGCUUGUCCAGUAUCAUAUCACCAAUCAAAUCACGUGUUUUGUUGCUAAGGAUUCCGGCACCAACUAAUCAAGAAAUUGUUUCCAUAUUAGAUAGCAUUUGUUUUAAACAACAAGUUAAUAUUGAAAAUAAGGACAAUUCGUGCUUAUUGAAAAUAGCUUCUUUUGCUAACGGGAAUUUAAGACUAGCGUUGUUAACGCUGGAAAGCAUGGCUAUGGCCAAUAAUUUGACAUUGAAAGACACCACCUCAGUUAUUCGUCCGGACUGGCAAGUGGUGCUAAUGAAAAUGAGUAAUAAAAUCAUUAAAGAAAGAAAUGUAAAAUGCUUAAUAGAAUGCAGAAGCAUGCUAUAUGAGUUACUAGCUCAUUGUAUUCCCGCUGAUGUUAUAUUGCAUGAUUUAACCAUGUUCAUUAUUUCAGCCCUAGCUAAUCCUACCAUCAUUAUAGGUGUUGUGAAAAAUGCAUCCAUUUUUGAUGAAAGACUAGCUUUAGGUUCCAAGGUAAUUUAUCAUUUAGAAGGAUUUAUAGCCAAUGUUAUGUGUGAAAUGGAAAAAUAA